GGGCUGCCACCACCUUCCUCUCUCUCUCCGGCACUGCCGGAAGCGUGUGACACAGACACGUAUGCUCCGCCGGCUCGCAGCACGCUCCGCUCCGCUGGCGCGCGCCUCAGCAGUGAGGGCAGCGCGGCCUCCGCACGCCCUCCGGCUCGCGGCGGCGCCGCUCAGCCGCUCCUUUGUGAGCACGGCGGCCGCGGCGGCGCCGAGCAGCGCCCAGCCCUUCAUGCUGGCCGACAUUGGGGAGGGCAUCGCCGAGGUGGAGGUGCUGCAGUGGUUCGUCAAGCCGGGCGACACGGUCGAUCAGUUCGACCGGAUUUGCGAGGUCCAGAGCGACAAGGCCACGGUCGAGAUCUCGUCUCCCUACGUCGGCACGAUCGAGUCGCUCGAGUACGAGGUGGGCAGCAUCGCCAAGGUUGGCACGCCGCUGCUGCACAUCUCGGUGGACGGCGCAGGGGGCGACGCGGGGGCGGAGCCGGAGCAGCCGGCUCCGCCGGUGGCGGCAGCGGCGGCGGCGCCUCUGCCGGUGAGUGAGCCGGCGCCAGCGGCGGGGGCGACGGCGGCCGCGGCGAGCCCCGCGGGGGAUCGCAAGGUGCUGUCGACUCCGGCGACGCGCGCGCUGGCGAAGCGGCACAAGCUCGACCUGGGCACCGUCACUCCGACCGGGAGGGGAGGGCGCGUCACCAAACAGGACGUGCUGCUGGUGCUCAAUGGAAGCGCGCCGGUGCAGCCGGCAGGCGCGGCCGCGGCGGCGCCGCAGCCGCAGCCGGCGGCCCCGUCCGCGGCGGCCGAGGACCGCGCGGUGCCGAUCCGCGGGAUCCGGAAGGCGAUGUUUGCGCAGAUGACCGCGGCGAACGCCGUGCCGCACUUCAACUUUUGCGACGAGGUGCGGAUGGACGCCCUGAUGGAGGUGCGGCAGCAGCUCAAGCAGGUCGCCCUCGACAAGGGGCUCGGCAAGUUCACGCUGAUGCCGCUCAUUGUCAAGGCCACCUCCCUGGCCCUCGCCGAGUUUCCCGAGCUCAACGCCUCCAUCUCGGAGGCGGGGUCGGAGCUGCUCGUCAAGGGGUCGCACAACAUCGGCGUCGCGAUGGACACGCCGCACGGUCUGCUCGUGCCAAACAUCAAGGACGUCGGCUCGCUCACGCUGCUGCAGGUUGCGCAGGAGCUGUCCCGGCUGCAGGCGGAUGCGGCGGCGGGCAAGCUCUCGAUCCCCGACCUGAAGGGGGGCACCUUCACCCUCUCCAACAUCGGCAACCUCGGCGGCACCUACACCGGCCCCGUCAUCAACCUGCCCGAGAUCGCCAUCGCCGGCCUCGGAAAGACGCGCCCGGUCCCGCGGUACGACGAGGCGGGCGCGCUCGUGCGGCAGAGCAUCAUGCAGGUGAGCUGGUCGGCCGACCACCGCGUCGUCGACGGGGCGAUGAUGGCCCGCUUCUCCAACGCCUGGAUCGGCUACCUCGAGAAGCCCGCGACCAUGCUCCUCACCCUCUGAGCCCAGGUCCCCGUCUCCGUGGGAGUCCGUGGGAGGCCGCCGGCGCGGCGCGCAGGGCCGGAGGCCGCGUCUGGGUAGUCCGGUGGCGGGCCCCUGGUCUGGCU